UGCUGACUGCAGACCAGGACGGACACUUAGCUCAUCUCUGCAUCUCCAUCACCCAGCGCAGUGCCUGGCACACAGACCCUUCCCCUGUGGUCUGGAAGCUGGGCAGGAACAGUGGCCUGAGGCCGGUGCCUCCCCUCAGCCCUUCUGCAGAGGCCAGGCUCAAGGACACGAUGGCAGCCAAGCAGCCUCCACCUCUCAUGAAGAAGCACAGCCAGACGGACCUCGUGAGCCGCCUGAAGACCCGGAAGAUCCUCGGUGUGGGCGGGGAGGACGACGACGGGGAGGUGCACCGGUCCAAGAUCAGCCAGGUCUUGGGCAAUGAAAUCAAGUUUGCUGUUCGGGAGCCUUUGGGGCUCAGGGUCUGGCAGUUUGUUUCUGCUGUGCUCUUCUCCGGCAUUGCCAUCAUGGCCCUCGCCUUCCCUGACCAGCUCUACGAUGCAGUCUUUGAUGGAGCCGAGGUGACCAGCAAGACCCCCAUCCGCCUCUAUGGUGGGGCCCUCCUCAGCAUCUCCCUAAUCAUGUGGAACGCCCUCUACACGGCUGAGAAGGUCAUCAUCCGAUGGACUCUGCUCACUGAGGCCUGCUACUUCGGGGUCCAGUUCUUGGUGGUCACUGCCACGCUAGCUGAGACAGGCCUCAUGUCCCUGGGGAUCCUGUUGCUCCUGGCCAGCCGCCUCCUCUUUGUUGCCAUCAGCAUUUACUACUAUUACCAAGUCGGCCGGAGACCUAAGAAAGUCUAGUCGCCCACUGGACCAGGGGACCCUGCCCUGCCCAGCCCUGCCCUGGGCUGGUAGCGGUGGCGGCCUCCCUUUCCUCCUGAGACCCCCAGAUGCUGUGAUCUCCUGGGCUUUCAGGUUUGAGAUGCCGGUUUAGGGAGAGACAGGGGCCUCUGAACCCCUUUUCUUUACCCCACACCGUGACACCUCCUUUUCUUGGGUCUCGUGGCCUCUAGAUCCCCUUGAUAGACACUGUCUGAAGAGCUCUAGUCAUGGGGGGAUUGAGCUCAGUCAAGGUUCCAGCCUCUUCUGCCAGGAAGCUCUCCUUUCUUUUGAAAGAGGCUGUGGACCACUCCCCACCCUGCUCCCUGUACCUGCAGCCAACCUAGUGGCCAAGCAACUAAACUUGGCUUCCCUAUAUGUCUGGAAAACCUGGGAACUUGACCUGUGCCCUUAUCCCUCCCACAUGCAGGCCCCCUCUGCACCCCAAAGACACACACACAGACACACACACGCGUGCGCGCACACGCGCCUCCCACAGCCCAGCUGUGGGGGACAGGCCGGGUG